CGUGUGGCAUGCCUGGAUGUCCCUGCCCUGGCUGUGGCAUGGCGGGCCAAAGGCUCCUCUUCUUCACUGCUCUUGCCCUAGAGCUCCUGGGAGGGGCUGGGGGUUCCCAGCAGGCCCUGCGGAGCCGGGGGCCUGCAGCGGCCUGUCGCCUAGACAACAAGGAAAGCGAAUCCUGGGGGGCCAUGCUGAGUGGGGAGAGGCUGGACACCUGGAUCUGCUCCCUCCUGGGCUCACUCAUGGUGGGGCUCAGUGGGGUCUUCCCCCUGCUCGUGAUUCCCCUGGAGAUGGGGACUACGCUGCGCUCAGAAGCUGGGGCCCGACGUCUGAAACAGCUGCUCAGCUUUGCCUUGGGGGGACUUCUGGGCAAUGUGUUUCUCCACUUGCUGCCUGAGGCGUGGGCGUACACAUGCAGUGCCAGCCCUGUGCUGCCCCCUGCAGGUGGUGAGGGGCAGAGCCUGCAGCAGCAACAGCAGCUGGGACUGUGGGUCAUUGCUGGCUUCCUCACCUUUCUGGCGUUGGAGAAGAUGUUCCUGGACAGCAAGGAGAGGGAGGGGACCAGCCAGGCCCCCAGCAAAGACCCUGCUGCUGCUGCCGCGCUCAAUGGAGGCCGCUAUCUGGCCCAGCCGGCUGCAGAGCCCGGCGUGAGCACCGUGGUCCGGACCAUCAAAGUCAGUGGCUAUCUCAACCUGCUGGCCAACACCAUAGACAACUUCACUCAUGGGCUGGCUGUAGCUGCCAGCUUCCUCGUGAGCAAGAAGAUUGGGCUCCUGACCACCAUGGCCAUCCUUCUGCAUGAGAUCCCCCAUGAGGUGGGCGACUUUGCCAUCCUGCUCCGGGCCGGCUUUGACCGAUGGAGCGCAGCCAAGCUGCAGCUCUCGACGGCACUGGGGGGCCUGCUGGGCGCCUGCUUCGCCAUCUGUACGCAGUCCCCCAAGGGAGUAGAGGAGACCGUGGCCUGGAUCCUGCCCUUCACCUCUGGUGGCUUUCUCUACAUUGCCCUGGUGAACGUGCUGCCGGACCUCUUGGAGGAAGAUGACCCCUGGCGCUCCCUGCAGCAAGUGCUGCUGCUCUGCACUGGCAUCGUGGUGAUGGUGCUGUUCUCGCUUUUCGUGGAGUGACCGUCCCUGAUGCCCCCCACCCAGCAAUAAGAGAGUCGGAUUCACUCUGUGACCGUGUGCGAGGCAGAGGGCGAGUGCCUGGGAGAGCACACCUCUGAGCAGAUGAGAGGAUGGGGUGUGUGUGUGUGUGUGUGUGUGUGUGUGUGUGUGUGUGUGGAUGCAUGUACACGUGCACACGUGUGACCAGUUAUGUGUGAGACCUACACUGUGAUCAUGCGCUGGGCCCAGGGCCUGAUGCCAGCCCCAGCCCCCAGCCACACCGUGGUCUUCUCUCCUGACCACCCUGUCACCCCACACUUCCGGCAGGGAGCAGUGAGGAUCAGCAGCACUGGUCCCAGGUGGAGGCCUCUGCAAGACUGUAGGGGGAGUGACAGGCUGCUCUCCAGGGAGCUCAGCUGCAGGGUGCCGAAAGCUGUCUCCUGGGGCUUUGGGGGUCCCUGACCUCUGCUCAGACCCCCUGCCCCAGGCAGCCUGGGGCACCUUCUCUCUGCUGUGUCCAUUGUCCUGGCCCUUCCUUUGCCAGCUCUAAGGCCAAAGAAAGGAGAGGCAGGUGCUUGUGUAGCCCCUUGCCCCACUCGGCACUGACAGUCCUACCCCACCCAGGAUGGGGCCUGGGAGAUGCCUUCCAAGACCUCCUUGAGGCUGCCAGCCCCGGGCCAGCUCCCGCUCCCCCGGUUAGCACUCCUUGGCAGUGCCAGCAGCUUUUGCCACCUCCAGCUGCCAAACAGCAGCCCGCAGGGCGGGGAGCAGCCCUGGGCCAGAGGCCUCUGAGGCCAGCUCAGGGACGCUCGUGCCAGCACAGGGUCCAGGCGGAGAUCCUGGGGGCAGGAAGAGUGAGCCGCCGCCGCCCCCUCCCCCCGGUUUUCUAUCCCACGUAGGCUGAGGGAGUAGGGGGUGGUGCGGGCUCCGGGCUCUGCGUUGUCAGCACUCAGGAAUGUGCUCCGGGAGAAUGCUGAAGCCAUAAUCCCCAGCUAUUUCCCUUGGCUGACACCCAGGUACUAAGCUGGCCCACUCCACAGCCGGGCGCAGCCCUGCUGCUCAACCAUGGACGUUCUGAGAAGUGGCCGUCAAGAGGGUCUCAAUGGUUUUACAGCAGUUUUGCUGUGGUUCCGUUUCUAUAUGUAAAUACUUAUUCUAUAGAUAAGAUGCAAAUAAAUAAUUAUAUACAAA